UUAGCGAGCAUCACAAUGAAGAUGAAGUUUUCCAUUGCUUUUAUCCUUUUAAUAGAUAUCUGUCAUCUAAAAGGCCAGGAGAGGAUUAAAGAGUUCGAGCACAUUUUCCUGAGACUCUCCUUUCCUUCAUUUUACAACAGCUACAACAAGGCUUGCUGUAAACUGUAUCCGGGAGGCUGCUACAGGCUGAUGGACAGUUCAGGAUAUACCUGUGAACUUUUGAAAGGAAGAGUGACCAAAAUUGAAAAAGAUGGCUGGAUUGAAUUUAGAAUAUCAAAUGUGCAAUUUGUAGAUGGAGGCUUUUACAGGUGUGUCGUGCUGGGAACCCCAAAUCACAUCUACAGGGACUAUUAUGUAGAAGUGUCUGAAGUUUCAGAUCACUUCAGCCAUUCACAGCCUCCAAUCACAGGGACCACCAAAGCCCCCGGCACAUCCACAGCACUCCCAGAGUCCACUAGACCUGCUUUAGCAGAGGACCACAGUGACAGCAACAGAGUCUCCUGGAGUUUUAGUUUGCCGCUGGCUGUCAUUGUGGCAAUUACAGUGAUGAUGUUCAUCAGUUCAGUGAUUGGUGUUGUUUGCUGCAGAGUCAGGACAAAAUCCAAACCACUAGACAAAUAUGGAGAAACUCACUGUGACUCACUGAACCAAGAAGCUUCGGAAACGAGUGGCAUAGUCUACACAAUGGUGGACUUCAAGGCUCUGCAGAAGCCCGAAGAAGUGUAUGCAAAUGUGGGGAUGCACAAAGCACGAACAGGAGCUGCUGAUGAAGAGCAUGCUGGGAUGGUGGAAUACUCCAUACUGGCAAUCCAACCGUGA